GUCUGGUUAUUUAACUGACAGUGAGGAUGAUGACCACGACGACUACUGCGAUCAACUUGAUGUUGAUCUUUUCGUAUCAGCGGCUGCAAAGUGUUGCACUGGCAAAGACCCCGCUCUGUUUUGUUGCGUGAAAGCAUCAGGAGGAGGCUUUUCCCUCCGGAAUCAGAUCAACUACAAGAGUGGGAACGGCUGAGGAAGGAGGUUUUGGUGCCCUUGACCAAGUACUACAGUCGUCAAUACCGAGAGCUCCUUUCCGACGAUUGCUACCAUCGUGAAUCCCUAGAGUGCCAUGUGGUUAAGAAGCAUUUGGAGGAGGUGAAGGCGGCAGCUGCAGAAGCAGGAGGCAAUCUAAGAGGUGGAAUAAUACAGCCGGAUGCUUUGCUUCCAAAUGUGAUCAUAAAAUAUGUAAGAAAGGAGGAUGUCCGGGAAGCGGUUGAGCUUCAGUGGAAGACAAUGGUGGAGGACAUAAAGCAGGGGGAGGGUUUGGAAAAAUUCAAAAACUGCUUGGUGGUGGGCUAUCAUGUGCUGAACUAUGAAGAUGCAGAGGCCUAUGCAGAGGCGGGCUUGGAAAUUCUGGUGUCUGAAGUGAAUGAAGAGCCAUGGGGAAAGAUAAUAAAAUACAGUGAUGGAGGAAAUAGGAUGCUAAAGUACGAAGGUGGAAAAUAUCAGGUAGACUUGAUACAAGGGCAUGAUCUUACGUCCAAGUUUGAAUUUAUGAGAUCCGUGAGGACCUUCUUCAUGAACUGUAAUAGCAAUGAACCUAUGAUUUUGGAGGUGUUUGAUUUGAUUCCGGAAGUGGCUGUGAAUGAGAACUUGAAGGCACAACAGAUGAUCAAGAAGGGUAAGAUAUCAAGAGAGGAGGUAGCUCGGAUUUGUGUUGCUGCGUUGGAAAGCCCCUAUGCAUCUGGCAAGACAUUUGAGGUUAAAAGUGUUGUGCCAUUUAGUGAGCCAUUUACAGCGGACCCUCAAAAUCCACCCCCCGAGAAGGACUACAAUGUCUACUUUAAAACUUUGAAAGAUGAAAUUACAGGAAAGGAAAUCCUCAAACAAGAUCCUGUACCAGUGUAAUGUUUUGCAUACAUAGAGCUCUAAUUUCAACCUUAUCUCUGCGUAUAUACUCGUAGCAGAUGAAAAGCAGAGGCUUCUACAGGAACAUACAUAAGCGACCAAGAUUAUAAAGUUCUGUAGGACAUAUCUACAUGACUUAAAAUGUUUCACUUGAGAUGAUAGGUUCUCACUUUCAAAAGGCUAUAGCCUUGAUCACGAUGAGGUCCAAACCUCAUGAUUAUGUAUAGAGGUUUGAAUUUUUUUU